GUGAUACCGAGGGCGCUUUGCUUAUCUUUCUCAUUUGCCAUUAGGAUAGAUGCAUGAUUAGGUCGCGAAGAAGUCUACUUUAUAUAACAGCGGUUUAAGUAUAUUAGACUCUGACUCGCAUUUGGUCAUCAUCUGUUUUUCACCCGUAUAAUAAAAGAUGCCGGAAGCUCGCAGCACCCCUCUUUCCGUCCAGACUGAGAACAGCGCAACAGCCGUUCCGCCCUUUCGUGCCCGUCCGCUGAAGUCGCAACUUACUGCUUUCGCAGAUACGUCAAAAAGCACGGACAAUGUUGGUCCAAAAAGCAUACUAGUACGUGGAAAAGAAUCAAAGACAAAGAACGUAGAAGCGCAGAAUAGCUGCACUAGAAAUUCCGCUAAGGAAGGCAAUCCUGGUACGCGGGGUGCCGCUGCUCAUAGUCCCCGCGAAGAUGGCGAGGUCGAGGGGUUAUUUGCCACACUGCAUACCGCGAGGAAUAAACUCGCGAGCCUAGUGGAAGAAUACGAUGUUUUGCGGCAACAGAAAAAGCACAUGCAUCAAUUCAUGCUAGACAGCUGUCAGGUAAUGUCAAUUGGAUUUAGUGUAGCAUAAUUUUUUGUUUUUUUAUUGUUGUCUAGGUAUAAUUGGAAUUGGCAUAUCCAUAGUUGUGGUUGCGAGCUGUGGAUAUUUCGAAGAUGCAUUCUGAGGUUUAUUUCUCAUCGCACUUAGAAAUGCCAUCCAUCCACCUUCAACACUAGGGCGCCAGCGAGUUGUUCGAAGAAGUGUUAGAGCGGGACAUUGUGAAACCGAUUGACGAGGCGCUCUCUUCAGUGUCCUCAGCUGCUCGACGAAGUCGCAGGUCGUCAGCGAGAUCAGUGAGUUUUCGGGAAACGGCGUCUGUCUUCGACGGAAACGAGAUGGCGUUACUGUUGGAACUAGAGCGCCUCGUGGAUCACGGCAAGGCGUGGGAAAAACAACUACAGCAGAGUCCAGUACCUGAGAAUGCAGUACGGACAGGGACAGGAACAGAUGGUGAAGCACAGUAUAGAUGUUCCCAUCCACUUUCAGAUGAAGUAGGCGGAGCAAAUGGUGAUUGUGACUCCUCAGGCGGAACGUCAAGUUCUAGAAGUAGUGCUGCACCAAUAGCUUCGCAGAUUCGCGGUAUACUGAAGCAACCGGCAGUGGCAGCGGAGAGAAAUAAGGCACGCGCUUCGUCAGAUGCUACGGGAGGAGAAAUAGAUGGGAACAACGCGUUGUCAGCAGAGAUUGAUGGGGAACGAGGCAUAGGCGAUGUGGUGACCUGUGGUCGCGAUACAACGCGGUGUAAACUCUCUGUUUUGCGAAAUGCGCGAAGCAAAGCAGAGAGAAUCCUCCGGAUUUGCAGGAUAGGCGCAGGGGCUACGCGUGUUAAGACUGGAGAGGGCUUCCAGUCACAUUGUUCUAACACGACCAGUGCCACGGGGCACGAUGGAAAGAUCCAGCAGGAUCGUGCUUCGCCUGAUUGGGGGAUAUUCACAACUGGUACUUCACGUGAUGAAAAAUGUGCUGGUCUAGUCGAAAUUAAUGGAAAACAAGAGCACGAACAAGAAGUGAAAACGGGAAAUUGCGACCAAUCGUCAAAGGCUAAUGCCAGCGUCCUACAACGCAGAGUUGGC